AUAAUUAUGUUUAAAUAUAAUUAUGUUAUUUUUAAAUAUAAUUUUGUAAGAUAGUCAAUACAAGUAAUUCAAGUUCAAAAAUUUUUAGAUUCAAAAUUUCAAAUAAUUUGGAUUCAAAUCAAAUCGAAUUUUACCUGAUUCAAUUCGUAUUCAAAUAGUUCACAUAUCUCUAAUUUUUUGUUUAAUUUUUAUAAAAUAAUACACGCGUUUAUAUUUUUAUAUCACAUAGAAUAAUUCCAAUGCAUUUUGUAAUGAUUAUUUCUGUAUGCUAUUUUACUUCAAAUUAUUUGAUUGGAUAUUAAUAUAGAUUCCUAAACAUUUGGUUACAUGAAUCGGAAGCUCUUCGGAAUGUUCUUCGGAGAGUUUCAAAUUUAACAUAAUUGGUUGUUGGACACUUGUUUACGGAUAGAGAAACUGCAUUCGAUGCCAGACUACAUUAUCAAGAUACGUCUGUCCGACAUUAACAUUCCAUCUCUAUAUCUCAUUCGUUUCCGCGGUAUUGGAGGCACGUAGACGUAAUGGAUACGCCCGACUACAGGGAGAAGAGAGGGAUGGGAAAUUGAAACUGCUAAAUGGAAUUGUUAGUGAAAGUCAGGAAUAAAUAACGUUUUGAGCUGACACAGAGGAGUUCGCAAUGUUCAAAAAGGCUCAUUUAACCUGCUGAAAUACUCUCUUUUACUCGACAAUCCUCAUCAGACUAUUAAGCCGCACCGUACACAAUUUCUCUGUAGUUAUACUCUUAUCAACACGUACAGAUCACAUAUGCUAUGGCUAACCGAAACGUAGUAUGUAUGUGUACACACACACACACACAAACACACACACACACACACACAAUAUAGUUAUUUAUUCCUUGCAACGGCUCUGUUAAACUUAAGCCGCGCUGUCGUCCUGUGAUAUUACAUACUCUCCUUUAGAUAUUAUAAGUCGCUUAUUGCUCACUAGCUAAAUUUUGUGAUAAUAAUCAACACUAUAUAUUAAUUACUUAUAUGAGAAUAGAAUGUUGAAUAUUAUGGCCUUAAAAAUGGUUUUUUAAAUACGUUUAUAUUGUAUUCCUUUUUUUUCAUUAUAUUUUCACACAUGCAAUAAUUUUUACAUAAAAUUUGAUGUAAUAAAAACUACAGUCAAUUUACGUAUUUCGAAUGUUAUUACAUUCUAAUUUUGAAUGUUUUAGCAAAUAAAACAUUUUAGCAAUGAUUUUAAAUUUUAAUUAAAAAAUAUAGUUUAUUUAAUAAUAUAAAUGCUGGCUUUUACAUAACAAUUAUAAAGCAUUAAAGUAUGUAUAAUCAGAUAGAAUAAAUUACUGAUAUUUUCUCCCCCCCUCUCUCCCUCUCUCUUAUAAUUUUAAUAUCUGAAGAAAUCAGAUAUGUGAAAAAAGAUAACAUUAUAUCAUAUACGCAUGCAUUGCUCCAUUACAUAAAUGAAUACUGUUUAAGUUGACACAGAUUCUACACAUCUUUUUGUCUGUGUGCGGCUGAUCUAAAAAGUUACGGACCAGAUUUAUCUGACGUCCACAUCUUAACAGCUUUUGAUGAAUAAAAGCAGACAUGAUUUUUAAGUGACGUUAUCUUACAGGUUACUGAUAGUCAAAUCAACGUUUUAUUAAAAAUUAUCUCUAACGGAUGUAUAUCACAGGAAUUCACCGUUAUUCAAAGAGUAUAAAACAAACGAAAGAGAAGCAAACGCGCUGUGUUGUGACUACGUGCACUCACUUAAACGUAAUCAUGUUGGUGGUCAUUCCGUUUCUUGCAUGUUACAUCACUUGGACAAUUGCAAACCCAAUUAACGCUAGUGUCGACUGUACUAUCUCUAUACAGUACAAAGUCGGCGAUCUUAAGGAGCCUCAACCGUUACUUCUGAAACGUGACGGCAAACGUGCGACCAUCUGGUAUCCGAAUAACGAUAAUGGGACAUUGAAGAUAUUGGCGGGUGACUCCAUUUACCUAGCAUGCCCAGGCAAAGAUAAUUACUUCAAAAACAGAAGUUGGGGCAACGAGGUCGAAGCAGUUUGCGUAGAAGGUAAGGUGUUUGAUGUGAAUGGCGUUCACCAAUAUUUCUCGUCCCUAGUUUGCAAAUCUCAUACCGAGCACCACGCUAAGUAUACGGUUUCACCACCUUGCCUCGGCAGACACAGCCACAUCGAGGUUGGUUUCAACGUAAGCGGCGUCUUCAUCCGCACUAUUGAAUUAUGCCGCGAUGAAAAGACGUACACGACGUACUACACAAAGUUCAAGAUGACAAAAAUGAUCGGAAGUUAUCAAAGGAAAUAUCCUAGACCGUCCAAGUUUCUUGUAGGAAGAUUUUAUCCCAAGGUAGAUAUAGACAAUCUGUACAAAUUCGAAACCCAGUUAGAUACGCUUGCCAGAAUCCUGAAUUCGACCGAGUUGGCUAAAAAGCGAUUGAAGAAGUCGGUGCAGUAUCUCUCUCGAGGACAUAUGGUGGCCAAAGCGGAUUUCGUUUACGGUGCCCAGCAGAGAUCUACCUUUUGGUACUUGAAUACUGCGCCUCAGUGGCAAACCUUUAAUGGUGGUAAUUGGAAUUCCCUGGAGAUGAGCGUCAGACAUUUCGCCGCCAGCCGCCAUUUGGACCUCGACGUAUAUACAGGGGUACACGGUCAGAUGACCAUGGAAGACAUUCAUGGCAAACAGCAACCCAUAUAUCUGCACGCUGAGGCCGCAGUCGUGUCUGCACCCAAGUUCUAUUGGAAAGUCAUUUACGAUCCAUUGAGCAAGCAGGGUACGGCGUUCGUGGGCCUCAACGAUCCAUUCAUCAGAUUGAUCACAGACGACGUAUAUCUCUGCACAGAUAUCAGCGAAAAGAUCAAGUGGCUGAACUGGAGAUCGCGUAAUAUCACGUCUGGCAUCUCUUACGCCUGCAGCGUCGACGAUCUGCGAAAGGCGGUGCCUGUUGUGCCGCUGCUCGACGUGAUCGGUAUUCUAAUGUGACACGUGAGCAAAUCAUUUGUGGUCAUCCUGUUCUUGGAGGUUUUGCACGUUAGAUUUGCAAGAGAAUAUUAAUAACCGCGAUAAAACCAUUCUUAUCAUUUUAAAUCGUUAUAUAUCUAUAUAUUCAGAGUUACUCAAUUAAGUUUAUGUAUGCAAAUUUAUAAAUAAAAAAACAAUCAGAAACUGCCAAUAAAAAAACAGGGACACUGUACGUGUACAGUAUGGAAUAAUAUUUAGCACAAGUCUAACCGGCACAUCUCUAUAAGUCAAAGUGUAACGAUACUUCACUGAACAUACUAAGCAGAUACUUUAUCUUCGAUACGAGAGAGGUGUCGAUAACAGGAAGGCAACAUGCAUGCGUUCAUAAUGGUGAAUAUAAAUGUUAGCAACUUAUUGAAUAAUAUACCUUCAAAAAUGUAUUCAUAUUCGUAUCAGUAUUAAUUAAGCACAUCAAAUUUUAUUUAUUCGUUAGUGCAGCAGUUUUUUAAAAUAAUUUAAUAAGCAAAAUAGUAAUAUUUAUUUUAAGAAAUCCGUCACAGUUUGUACAAGAUAAACUGUUGGCCAAUUAUAUAUCACAGUAAUGUUUUAAAAACAAAUAAAUUAUGUAAAAAUAAUAUAAAUUAAAAUUGGCGCA